AUGGACCCGAGGCAGGGGUGUUCCCUCAACAGAUACCAAACCCAUCCCGUUCAAGGCUAUGAGCACAGCAAGCUCAGACACCAGCAGCCAGGGCUGGGUUCUUAUCCUAAUAGUUUCCAGCUCCAGCAAAUAGAGUUUCUCAAGGGGCAACUCCCAGAAGCACCCCUAAUUGGAAAGCAGGCACCAUCACUGCCACUGUUCCUUCCUGGACUCGGGCCAAGGUUUCCAGGACCACCUGCCACAGGCGGGUACCUUCAGAUCCUAGGUAUCCCCAGGGGCGUGCCUCUCAGAAGUCAGGUGCUCCCAGGAGGGUUCCAGCAUCCUACCCCACGUGGCUGGGUUCGGCCAUGGAGCGGUGUUGAUAGGCUCUCCUCACGUUUCCAGGAACUGACUAUCAGCCAGGAUCAGGAACAAAGGGUCUUAGAGCUGUUGGAGGAGCUUGGGGAAGGGAAGGCCACCACAGCGCUUGAUUUGGCCAGGAAACUCCAAGCCCAAAAGAAGGAAAUCAAUCGAGUUUUAUACUCCCUGGCAAAGAAGGGUAAGCUGCAUUGGGAGGCAGGAACGCCCCCUUUGUGGAGACUUUCAGUUCCGGUUCAGGCUUGGAACCAGCCCAGCCAAGGAGCGAGAGCAGACAGUCUUAGCCAGGGAGCUCCAAGCUCAGACUUCAGUUUGGAAACUGAAGACAGAAGCCUCACAUCUGGCUUGGAAGAUCCUCCUGAGCCUCUCGACAUGGCUGAGAUCAAGGAAAAGAUCUGCGAUUACCUGUUUAAUGUGUUCAACUCCUCUGCCCUGAAUUUGGCUAAAAACAUUGGCUUCACCAAGGCCCGAGAUGUGACUGCCGUGCUGAUUGACUUGGAAAGGCAGGGGGACGUCUACAGGCAAGGGACGACCCCUCCCAUAUGGCAUUUGACCGAUAAGAAGCGGGAGAGGAUACAGAUCAAGAGAAGCAUGAACAACGUUCCGGAAACCACUCAAGCUGCUAUCCAGGAGACCAGAAAAAUCGCAGAGCUCCCCAUCUUACCUGCGUCAGAUGCCUCAAACAGCAUGGUCACCACAGAAAAAGUGGAGAACGGGCAGGAACCCAUCGUAAAGUUAGAAACUAGGCAAGAGGUCACACCAGAACCAAUAAAACUGAAACCACCUGUUCAUGACAAUGGCCCCUCCAAAACAGGGUAUGUUGACUUUGAAAAUGGCCAGUGGGCCACAGAUGACAUCCCAGAUGACUUGAAUAGUAUCCACGCGGCACCAGGUGAGUUUCGAGCCAUCAUGGAGAUGCCCUCCUUCUACAGUCAUGGCUUACCACGGUGUUCACCCUACAAGAAACUGACAGAGUGCCAGCUGAAGAACCCCAUCAGCGGCCUGUUAGAAUAUGCUCAGUUCGCUAGUCAGACGUGUGAGUUCAACCUGAUAGAGCAGAGUGGACCACCCCAUGAACCUCGAUUUAAAUUCCAAGUUGUCAUCAGUGGCCGAGAGUUUCCCCCAGCUGAAGCUGGCAGCAAGAAAGUGGCCAAGCAGGAUGCAGCUAUGAAAGCCAUGACAAUUCUGCUUGAGGAAGCUAAAGCCAAAGACAGUGGAAGAUCAGAAGAAUCAUACUACUGUUCCUCGGAGAAAGAAUCAGAGAAGACUGCAGAGUCCCAGACUACCACUCCUUCAGCAACAUCCUUCCUUUCUGGGAAGAACCCCGUCACUACAUUGCUUGAGUGUGUGCACAAGUUGGGGAGCUCCUGUGAAUUCCGCCUCCUAUCCAGAGAAGGCCCUGCCCAUGACCCCAAGUUCCAGUACUGCGUUGCAAUGGGAACCCAUACUUUCCCCACUGCCAGUGCCCCCAGCAAGAAGGCGGCAAAGCAGAUGGCUGCAGAGGAAGCCAUGAAGGCCCUGCAAGGGGAGGCGACAGGCUCAACAUCUUCUGAUGACCAGCCCGGAAGUAUGAACAUGGAAUCAUUUGAUAACUUGGAAUCGGUGAUGCCCAGCAAGGUCAGGAGGAUUAGCGAGCUCGUCAGAUACCUGAACACCAACCCCGUGGGCGGCCUGUUGGAGUACGCCCGCUCCCAUGGCUUUGCUGCUGAGUUCAAGUUGGUCGACCAGUCCGGACCUCCUCAUGAGCCCAAGUUCGUUUACCAAGCAAAAGUUGGGGGUCGCUGGUUCCCAGCCGUCUGCGCACACAGCAAGAAGCAAGGCAAGCAGGAAGCAGCAGAUGCGGCCCUCCGCGUCUUGAUUGGGGAGGACGAGAAGGCAGAGCGCAUGGGUUUCACAGAGGUAACCCCAGUGACAGGGGCCAGUCUCAGAAGAACUAUGCUCCUCCUCUCGAGGUCCCCAGAAGCACAGCCAAAGACACUUCCUCUCACAGGCAGCACCUUCCACGACCAGAUAGCCAUGCUGAGCCACCGGUGCUUCAAUGCUCUCACCAACAGUUUCCAGCCCUCCUUGCUUGGCCGCAAGAUCCUGGCUGCCAUCAUCAUGAAGAAAGACUCUGAAGACCUGGGCGUCGUGGUCAGCUUGGGGACAGGGAAUCGCUGUGUGAAAGGAGAUUCUCUAAGUCUAAAGGGAGAAACCGUCAAUGACUGCCACGCAGAGAUCAUCUCCCGGAGAGGCUUCAUCAGGUUUCUCUACAGCGAGUUAAUGAAGUACAGCCCCCAGACUGCGAAGGAUAGUAUAUUUGAGGCUGCUAAGGGAGGAGAGAAGCUCCAAAUAAAAAAGACUGUGUCAUUCCAUCUCUAUAUCAGCACAGCCCCAUGUGGCGAUGGUGCCCUCUUUGACAAGUCCUGCAGCGACCGUGCUGUGGAGAGCACAGACUCCCGCCACUACCCUGUUUUUGAGAAUCCCAAACAAGGCAAGCUCCGCACCAAGGUAGAGAACGGAGAAGGCACAAUCCCAGUGGAGUCCAGUGACAUUGUGCCCACGUGGGAUGGCAUCCGGCUGGGGGAGAGACUCCGAACCAUGUCCUGUAGUGACAAGAUCCUGCGUUGGAACGUGCUCGGCCUGCAGGGGGCGCUGUUGACCCACUUCCUGCAGCCUGUGUAUCUCAAAUCCGUCACACUGGGUUACCUUUUCAGCCAAGGGCAUCUGACCCGUGCCAUUUGCUGUCGUGUGACAAGAGAUGGGAGUGCAUUUGAGGAUGGACUCCGACAUCCCUUCAUUGUCAACCACCCCAAGGUUGGCCGAGUCAGUGUAUAUGAUUCCAAGAGGCAAUCCGGGAAGACCAAGGAGACAAGCGUCAACUGGUGUUUGGCUGAUGGCUAUGACCUAGAGAUCCUAGAUGGGACCAGAGGCACCGUGGAUGGGCCACGGAAUGAAUUAUCCCGGGUCUCCAAAAAGAACAUCUUCCUUCUAUUCAAGAAGCUCUGCUCCUUCCGGUACCGCAGAGAUCUACUUAGACUCUCCUAUGGUGAAGCCAAGAAAGCUGCCCGAGACUACGAGAUAGCCAAGAACUACUUCAAGAAGAGUCUGAAGGACAUGGGCUACGGGAACUGGAUAAGCAAACCCCAGGAGGAAAAGAAUUUUUACCUCUGCCCAGUGUAG